GAAAUGCCAAUGCUGUAUUUUGGAUAAGGCAUUUCUGGAUUAUAGAUUCCAUGCAUACAGGACACAUGCAUUUAUAAAUUCACACACACUUACACAAUUAUUAUAUAUCCAUUAUAAUUUGCAGCCAUAUGUGAGAAUAUUGUUGUGUGUGUGUGUGUGUUAUAAAUGGAUUAUUCUCCAACAGAUACAAUGGAACUAGGGCACCAUUAUCCAGAAGUUCUGUUUUUUCCCAAGGUUGGUGUGACUCAAUGGAGGAUAUUACAGAAUACUUAUAUAUAUGCAGGAUUUAGGGCCUGGCCCUAUAUAAAUAAACAGGUCCAUCAAGUUACACAUAAUGCCUGAACUCUCAGAAGAGACAGGAGUGUCACUGCUCAUUCGACUCCUGACCCAUUUUCUACUACAUCCUGGGACGGAGCAGUAUAUGUAGGAACUGAAUUUUCUAGGUGCUAUAGUAGAAUGUGCCGCUAAUUGAUUGAUUGACAAUGAUAAUGUCACAGUCUCGGGAUGCCAAGAGAUCUUCAGUUCUUCUUCUCAUCUGCUGCCUACUUUGGGUCCUUCUGUGUAAGACAGGACAGGUGACCUCUCAGCAAUGCUCCUCAGACUUGAACUCUGUGGGACUUACGUUUGAUGCUUUGGGCACCAGCCGUGUUAUUCCUACACAGCCACGAGCAUGGAGGGGACUGCAAUCAAUGUUCCAAAUGGUGAAGCAUUUCCUUGGCGCAGUGCAACGAAACUCUUUCCCCAAAGAUUUACUACGUUCUUUAUUCAACAAUGCUUCCGCCAUACAGACUGAAGAGGUGGUGAGGUAUCAAGGGGGAUACGUGGCCUGUGCUGUGAUUGCCCUUCUGUUCCUCAUAUUCAUGCUGGUGUUUGGGAUCAUUUACUGCGUAUUCCAGUCCCGUGGGGAGAGAAUCUUCAAUAGGUGUGAGGGAAUGUGUUGUCAGAGAAUUCCAGUGUUUCUGCUUCUGUUCCUGACCUGCACUGUUUUAUUUGCUGGACUUAUCUGUACAUUCUCUCUAAACCAGAAGGUCCAAGAGGAGUUUGCUCCAGGGGUCAAUGAAGUCACUGACAGUCUGCAGAGGUUCCGCAAAUCCAUAGACAGCCUUCCCCUGGUGCUUGAAAAGAUUGUAUCUUCUUUCUCCGUCCCUAAGCAGAAGGUUUUAGAUGAAUUACAGCGCUUUAGUCCAGAUAUUAACAGAACUCUGAGUGCCAAACUUAAUCAAGAAGUUUACCCUCUCUUGCAAGAUUCUUAUCAGACAGCAAAACAACUGAGAGAAGCGGCGCAGGCUGUAGUCGAUGCAAAUGUGGCCGUGAAGAGCCUGCAGCAGAAACAGAGCAAACUGGUGGCUGAACUGAGCCGCCAUAGGCAGAACUUAGAGAGGACUUUAUCUGACACCCAAUGUGAAACAUGCAACAGAGUGGCUGCCCUCAUGCCACAACUGCAACAGAUUGCGAAUUAUAGCCAGAUCCCAUCUUUGGAUGAUUAUGUGAAUAAAUUAACACAAGUGAGGAAAAUCAACCUGACUGGAAUAUUUCAGCAGGGAAUUCGACUUUUCAAUGAAAUGCCAAAACUGGUGAUCACGCAGGCUUCCAAAAGUAUUAGCGAAACAACACAAGCAUUGGAUACAAUUGAGAGAAAAGUUAACUCCAUGAUAAGCAGUGUCCCCAUCAAACAAUACACUGAGCCAAUACACAAGGUCUUGCUGGAAGCCGAAGAAAAGAGUUCUGUGUAUGGCAAGGAGGCAGAACGUUAUGAGUAUUACAGGUGGGUAAUCGGAAUUACUCUAUGCUGUGUGCUCCUACUAAUUACCAUUUGUACUUUCCUUGGCCUGCUGCUUGGAGUUUGGUACCUCUAUAUCCAGAAGGACGGUGUUAGUUCCAAUCUUAGGCAGACUGGGUCUUUGCUGCUUAAAGGGGAAGUCUAUGUGUCGUUCUGCUUCUCCUGGCUGCUCAUACUCCUUGUAUAUGUCACUUUUCUGGUUGGAGGAAAUGUCCAAACACUUGUGUGUGAACCCUGGGCCAAUGGCGACAUAUAUAGUUUUUUAGACGAGCCUCAUAAUCUGCCUCCUAAUGUAAGUUUGAGGAAUACACUUGGACUCAGAGAAGAUGUUAACAUCAGCAGUAUGUAUCAGCUGUGCAAAGAAGGAGCUCCAUUUUGGGAUGUGCUUCAAAUGGAUGACCCCACUGGCAUGAUACAGUCUAUCAAUAUCACUAAGUACACAGACGAAAUCCAGAGCAAGAUCAACAACUCCACAGUGGAUCUCUCCGGACUGACAAUAAUAACAACCAUUGCAAUAAGGACGCUGUCUGAGUAUAGCAACAUCGGGAUAGGGAAAGUACCUUAUAACACCAUUCUUGCACAGACCCAGCAUACUCUCGUGAUGUUGGAUCUUGGCCUUCUUGCUUCAAUGUUGGAAAACCUGGCAACCGUGCAGCACAACGAUACUAUAAGGAAACAGCUACAGAGUGAAGCCAAUGCCUUGAGAGAGACACAGAAUUCCACUGUGCAAGAACAAAAGGUUCAGUUGAGUAAACUAAAUGACAGUCUGAACUCCUUGGCUGAACUGGUCCCUAAUCUGCAGGCAAAUAUCAACAAUACCAUAAAGAAUGUCCAGUCCCUAAAAGAAACACUGAUUAACGAUAUCAUCCAGCUGCUGAAAAAUGAAAGUCUCUGCCUUCUCAAUAAAGCCAAAGAAUACUUCACUCAGUACCUGGAAUGGGUAACAAAAUUGAUAACAGAAGAUAUCUCCUCCUGCCAGUCGGUGCCUCGGACUCUCGAUAACAUACGCACCGUAGUGUGUGACAAUAUAACUAAUCCCUGGAAUGGUUUCUGGUUCUGUCUUGCCUGGUGCACAUUCUUCCUGAUCCCCAAUAUACUUUUGAGUAUAAAAUCUGUGGAGCAUAUCACUAAACUCAAACCCACAUCAAGUAACUCUUGUCUGGAAGAAGAGAACCCAUUCCCAUUGCCAGGAAAGAGCCAUCCUAUUGCUAUUCAAAAUAUCAGGACCAGUGAAAUACUGUAAAGACUUGUACAACCAAAUGGAUUUUUACUGCUGCAGUCGGACCUUCUCUAACAUUCCGAAGACAACGGACCUCGUUAAGACUAACGUCAAUGGAAUGUCAUAGGGGUGUUCUGUUUGUACUGGGAGCUGUCAACCCAUAUUUUUCAGGAGACUCUCAGAUUUAUAUACUGGACUGGGGGCAUGGUAAGGGCAUAAUAGGAUGUGGUAUAACAAGGCAAGAGAGUAAUGGGAUGUGGUAAGGGAUUUUGAUGGUCAUUGCAAAAAUAACUACCUGGUAAGGACCUACGGGAGUUUAAUGUCUCUGUGAAGGGACAUCCACUGCAAAUAUAAAUGUUCUUGUUUAUGAUUUGUCUCUAAUUCAGGGGUAUGUUUUAAUGACUUCAAAAAUACAUGAUGCUUUGUUAGGGGGUGACUUUCUUGAUUGACAUUAAAAACAACAACAAUUUUUUUGGAUCCUACUUAUAAACAUUGAACAAUGUUGGAAUUGC